UUCAGGCUGCCUGUCUCUGUCCUCACGCACACUGCGGGGACACAGCAGCAGGUAUCGGUCUCUUCUCUGCAGAGGAAACAAGAACCUCCACAUGGAACCAGAUGUGAGAGAUAUGAUCCAGAUGUGAAACGGAGCGAAGCCUCUGCGGAGAGAAACGCGUCUUCUCAGCUCGUAACACAGGCGCGUUCAUGUGGUUUGAAACCAGUUUCAGAACUAGAUCUAAGUGCUGGGCUCGUUCCAACAUGCAGCCUUAAUCCGACCUGGAGUCGGUUUUCAGUCCCGAGGAGAUGAGGAGCUGCAGAGUGUAACUCCACAGGACGUCAUGGGGAAAUGGGAGCUGACUAUGAACCCAGUGCAGGAGUGGGGCGAGGAGUUCGAGGACGGCGCCGUGUACGGGGUCACCCUGCGCCGGGAGCCCGCCCCCCCCUCCGCCCCCCGAACCGACGAUGCCAACCCGUCCUGCGCCUUCGUCCAGUACCGGACCUGCAAGGUGCGGCGCCUGAAGGCCGCCACGCUGGAGCUGCUGGUCCACCACCUGCUGGACCCGAGCUACCAGGAGCAGGACUACAGCAAGAUCUUCCUCUCCACGUACAGGACCUUCACCAGCAGCUCCAAGCUCAUAGAGCUGCUCUUCCAAAGAGACGGAGCUGCGUCAGACCUGGACAACUGUGAGUUCUACAGGAGCCCUCUGUUAGCCUUCAUCCAGACGUGGUUGGACGAGUUCAGCGAGGACUUCAGGGACCCCCCCCGGCACUCGGGCCUCCGGCUGCUGCUGGACCACCUGAGCAUCAGCUCCGCGGUGCUCGACAACAUGCGCACACAACCCAACUUCUGCUCGUUGGCCGGGCAGGCGGAGGCACUGCUCAAGAGCUUCCAGAGAGAAGAACCGGAGACAGACGUCGGUUCUGCUCUGGCGGAUCUGGAUCAGGAGGCCGAGGGAUCUGGUGACGACGAGGACUCAGGAUGUGAGAACUCUCUGGAUUCAGGAGGGAUCCUGGAUUUCUCUGCUGCUGCCGUGGCCGAGCAGCUCACCCGGGUGGAUUCAGUUCUGUUUGUCCGAGUGGUGCCGUACCAGUGUCUGGGCUGUGUGUGGUCUCAAAGGGACAAGAAGGAGAACAUGGCUCCCACCAUCCGGGCCACCAUCUCCCAGUUCAACGCCGUCACCAGCCAGGUGAUCAUGUCUCUGCUCUGCCAGCCCACGGACGCCACCUCCAGUCCCACCUCCUCCUGCCUCCCCCCCACUACUCCUGCACAGAGGGCCCGCAUCAUCGAGAAGUGGAUCCGAGUAGCACAGGAAUGUCGUCGGCUGAAGAACUUCUCGUCUCUCAGAGCGAUUCUGUCGGCGCUUCAGUCCAACGCCGUCUACCGGCUGAGGAAGACCUGGGCGGCUGUCAGCAGAGAGAGCAUGGCCACGUUCAAUAACCUGUGGGAGACUUUCCCUGAUGAGAACUGUGUCCUCACCAACCGAGAGCUGCUGGAGGAGGACGGAGGCCAGGCCAGCGCGGAUAACAUUUCUCCAAAGAUAUCCAAGCGGUGUCCGAUCGCCAGACAGAUGAGCUCGUCCAGUGGAGUGGUCCCCUACCUGGGGACGUACCUGACCGUCCUCACCAUGCUGGACACCGCUCUGCCCGACUCCGUGCAGAGUGGACUCAUAAACCUGGAGAAGAGACGGAGGGAGUUUGAGGUUCUGUCUCAGAUCCGUGUGCUGCAGGCGUCCUGCUCCCAGGACAACCUGCCCCAUCACCCCCGAGUCGCUGCCUGGCUGCAGGGACACCGGCUGCUCACGGACCAGGAGAGCUACGAGUUGUCGAGGCAGCUGGAGCCUCCGGUGGACGUCUGCUCUCCGACUCUGUGGUCAGGCCACCGCACGCUCAGCAAGAAACUCUCCAGUCUCCUGACGGUGAGCGACGGGUCCAAGAAAGUCCCGGCCGACCAGAUCAGCGUCUCCUCCUCUGGAUCCAGUGGAUCUGAGAUGGAGGAUCUGUCCUCCCCGAACUCGGCCUGUUCCAUCAGACUGCAGUCCUUUCACAGCUCCUGCAACAACGUGUCCGAGCCCUUCUCCUUGUCCUCCUCGGCCUCCUCCUCCCCGUGCUCCUCCUCCUCCGCCGCCUCCUCCUCCCCGUGCUCCUCCUCCCCCGCCUCCUCUCCAGACUCCCCCUGCGACUGCCGGGCGGACCCUCACCCCCCCGCCUCGUCCUGUGGCGGUGCCCGGCCGAAGUCUUCCCUGGCCUCGCACCACAAGCGCUCCGUGUCCAUGACCUCGCUGCCCGUGUACAACCGGCAGGUGGCCGACACGUGCAUCGUCCGGGUGAGCGUGGACUUGCCCACGAGCAACGGCAACAUGUACAAAAGCAUCCUGUUGACCAGUCAGGACAAAACUGCUCAUGUGAUUCAGAGGGCGUUGGAGAAACAUCACCUGGAGCACCUGAGCUGGAAGGAGUUCACCCUGACGCAGGUCAUCUCCCCGGACAGAGAGCUGCUCAUCCCGGACAAAGCCAACGUCUUCUACGCGAUGUCCACAACAGCAAACUUUGACUUUGUCUUACGGCAAUCCCCCAAAGGCCAGAAGAAGCCCCUGAGGGCCACGUCCAGCCUGGGCCGAUACACAAAGUAGCACAGAGGGUCUGGAGGAUCUUCUAGAGCUCAGAGGCUCUGGAGGAUCUUCUAGAGCUCAGAGGGUCUGGAGGAUCUUCUAGAGCUCAGAGGGUCUGGAGGAUCUUCUAGAGCUCAGAGGCUCUGGAGGAUCUUCUAGAGCUCAGAGGCUCUGGAGGAGCUUCUAGAGCUCAGAGGCUCUGGAGGAGCUUCUAGAGCUCAGAGGCUCUGGAGGAUCUUCUAGAGCUCAGAGGGUCUGGAGGAUCUUCUAGAGCUCAGGGGACAUCCCUGAAGGAGGUCUCAUUUUUACAGAGGAAACUUUUAAAAAUGUGACGGACAAGGCGAUGCAGAAGCACUUUAUGAAGAGGAAGCAGCUGGAACUGAUGAAGCUGAAGAGAAACACCUGGAUCUGACUCGCUUUUACUUCCUGUUGGAAUAAACUGGGCCUGAAUCCGACCAUCAAACCAAAGAACUGAGGUGUUUGAGUCCGCUGCUCGAUGUCACUUCAUUUUGUCUUUGCUAUGAGGACGUGGACAGACACACCGUCCAUCAAAGAGCAACACGUGCUGACAUCAGCGACCUAUAUAUCUAAAUAUACAUGAACGUUGAGACGCUAACAAUAACCUGUGUGUUAGAAAAGGGAAUAUGGGUCAGAUGCUGUGCACAGCCGGUAUCUAACCCCCUGCUGUGCUGACGUGUUUCCAUACGAGCAGUGGGAGGAGACGCUCAGCUGGGAUCGGCGUGUUCCCUGCUGGUCUCAGACCUGUUGACGUGAUUAUAGAGCACGACUCACUGCCCGACCGGAAAGAUGGCAUUCCUGAACUCUGGUAAACACGGAGGCAGCAGCAGAUAUUUGAUGGACGGGGAUGUAAAUGCAGAUGAAACAACAAUAAGGUUGAACUGUCGGAUGUUUUCUAUUUAUUUUCACUUUGGUUCCACCACGCUUCACUCGAACGCACCUUUAUUGACACGUUGUGAUGACUCACGAGGAUUUAACUUGUCCUCUGACUCUGAUUUGGAGACUUGGUUGAUUUAAUCCGGCCAGAAUUUACUGAUAAACUCCUAAGAAUAUUUAAAAUGUGUUAUUUUUUAACUCAAUUGUAUUUAACAUUGUGGCUCAGACUUGUGAAGCUGGGAUGUAACUGGUCCUGUGACGUGAUCGUUUGACCACAAACCACAAACCUCCCCAAGAAUGAACAUUUUAGAAUAAGCUUAUUCUUAUUGUACUGUGCAAUACCCCCCCCCCCCCCCCUUUGGUAAUUUAUAAAUGAUUUUGGCUUAUAAAUAACUGCAAAUUGUUCUGUCUUUUUUGAUGAAGACAAAUGUCAGAGUUGUAAAACAAAAUGAAUAAACUGUCUGAAAAAAUGAAUUUCUGCCAAAUUUCAAUUAAACUAAUGUUCUUAUUUGUCU